ACGUUCCAGAGGGAGGGCCCCGUCUCCAGCAAGACGUUCCUGAGGUUCCUCGGAGACCUCCCGGACCUCACCGCCAUCACCGUCUGUUUCAGGAUGCGCCUCCUACAGGCCCGCGAGGAGAACAUGGUCGUCUCCUACUCGCAGCACGACCAUGACAACGAAUUCUACAUCGGUUAUGACUAUGGAAAGAAAAUCCUCAUGCUGACUUGUUGCAGCGGUAAAUGGGAGAUAGAUGUGAAAAUUGGAAUAGAACUAAGACACUGGACGUCCAUCUGUGUUGCAAUUGACCUGGAUGUGAUCAAUUCUGAAGUUGUUCAAGAUGGAGAUCUCGUAGCAGGUCGCGAGACUAAAAAAGGAUCGAGUCGACUAUUAAUUCGAGGAGGAGGGCAGCUCUUUAUCGGACAGGAACAGGAUAACCUAGGUGGAGGCUUCAAUGAGUUUCAGAGUUUUCGUGGGUCUAUAGCUGAUCUCAGGAUUUACGGAGAGAAACUGGAAAUUGGGGAGAUGAGGAAAUAUACCAGUUGCCAAUCCUUCGGUUUUACUCAAGAACCUUUGCUUGAUUUCAGAAACAUUUCCACAAAAUUUGAAGUCAGUGAAGUUGAAAUAGAUGAUGUUAAUGGAACAGCACUGUGUGUCAAGAAGGAGCAGUUUGACUUCAUAUUUCCAGAAUCACGUCGCUUCAAUGAAGCCAAACUUCUCUGCCGGGCUUUGGGGGGAAGAAUGAAAGUUCCUGUAAACAGACAAGACAACAAAGAACUUUAUGAACUGGCAUCACUGUACUCCAGUUCUUGUGCACAUGGCAAUGUAGACACAUUAUGGCUUGGCGUAUGGGGCAAUGCAACAGAUCAGUCUUUUUACAACACUUUCACCAGGAAGAAAGUCACUUACAAAAACUUUGAAAAGAAUGGAGGGAGGCCCAUAGAAGAGCCAGAAACGUGCAUUGCUUUUAAGGGAAGUAAGGACAUAGUUGAAACAGCUCGUGGAGCGUGGCUUUCCAAAGAAUGUAAUCAGGAACGGUGCGUUGCCUGCCAUUUUCCUCAGCUGCCAUUUGUCAGAAUAAGAGGGCUGUGUGCGAAGUCAGAAUUUGAUAGGCAUUACUUCAUUAGUGAUGAGAACAACACUAUUAGCUUUGUGGGUGCCUACUAUUCUCAGAUAACAGGACAUCCCCUGAUGAGGAAUGACUCUAAGACAGGCGACUUUGGGUACUGGAUGAUGAGCAGAAUUGACAAACCGGAAAUAAAUGCAAAACUUUACAAAACGUCACCAACCCACUAUCCAACAGGUGAGAACACCUGGGUAGUCGAAAAUGAUGUGUGUGGCAAAAAUGAAAUUACACUUAGAAUGACUUCAUGCAAGGAACAAGAAUUUUCUUGCAACGACGGCACGUGCAUUACUCUGCCACAGCGGUGCAACAUGGAGGCUAAUUGUCUGGAUAGCUCUGAUGAACUAGACUGCAGUUUCCUCGUGCUGCCUCCAGGGUACGACCAAAAGAAACCUCCCCCACGCCAAAACCAGAUGAGCCCUGUCAAUGUGUCCAUCCACACGGCCAUGCUCUCGGUGAGAGCCUUCGACCUCACUGGCUUCAACUUUGUCGUCGAGAUUGAAGUUCGCAUAUCCUGGCACGACGCGCGUCUCAGCUUCUACCACCUCAAUGACGCUGAUUUCCUUAACCUCAUCCACAUGGAUGAUGAAUCCCAGAUGCCGUGGAUGCCGACAGUGGAAUUCUUGGGGGAUGCUUUCACUACCAGUGACAUCAAGGACAGGGGGUCGACCCUCCUUGCCCAUCGCGUGACGAUGCCCCUGGAUGAUGAUGACACAAAGCUGUUAGAGGACGAGAAAUUCGAAGGAAAAGACAACCCGCUGGUUCUCCUGAAAAAACUGACGGUGACGACAUCUUGCCAGUUCGACCUCAUCACCUUCCCCUUCGACACUCAGACUUGUCGACUGGGCGUCGUGCUCUCUGGAGUGACUAAGGACUACGUAGCCCUGGUGCCAGACGGCAAAGGAGUAAGCUACCCCGGGAACCGCAAAUUACUGGAGUAUUUCCUGGCCGAGGAAAUAAUGAUUCCACACAACAAGGGGAACUUCAGCGGCCAGGCAGUUAAGCUAACGUUCAAAAACCUGUCGACCUUCUACGUGACUUCGACCUACAUCCCGACUUUCAUCAUCGUCGUCAUAGGCUACCUGGUCUUCUUCUUCCCGGUGGAGGACUUCAACGAGAGAGUCAUGGUCGCUCUAACGGCCCUCCUCGUCGAGGCUGCUUUCUUCACCCAGAUGAGUUCGUCGAUUCCCCAGACGGCUUAUUUGAAACUCGUCGACAUCUGGUUCGUUUACUGCAUCAUAAGCCUCUUUCUGGUCGUCGUCACAGUUGUUUUCAUCAAUUGGUGCAAGAAAAGCGCCCCUGGAUGUCUUCUCGGGGUUGGAAAGUACAGCACCAGAUCAGAGGCUCGUCUGACCAGCAGAAGGACUGCUCUGGCAGCCAGGCUCAACACUUUGUGCAGGGUGGUCUGCCCCAUCCUCACAGCCCUGUUCUUCGUCUUCUAUCUGACCAUGGCCGCUCUCAUUGAUAUACCGAAGCUGCCUAUUGACAUAAAGGCCAUCCAGUUCACCUGAGGGGAAUGACUGGAAGAUGUUCAUAGAUAUUUAUUUAUCAGAAUGAUUAAAGACGCAUAGACCUACAUUGGACUCGGGAACUUUAUUUUCAAAUAUAAUUUCUUGGAAAGAGAUGGAGAUCAAAAUAAAAUAGUAAAAUAUAUAGAUUUCAAUCAUCGUCAUGCACUGAAGACAAGAAAUAUUUAUAUAUACCUUAAAGCCACAAUAAAUUUUUGAUGAGAUUAUCAGAAAAAUUCAAGCCAAGCCUUUUUCUUAUAUUUUUACUCAUUUAUUCUUUUUUGUUAUAUUCACGAAAUUGAAUAUUUUUCACAGUAAUGCCAAAGAAUUCAAGUUGUAACUGUUACUGAGAUGUUUUUCUGCAAAUUUUCGAUUAACGCAAUCUGCAAUAUUCUCAUCAGUUUGCUACAAAAUGGAAAAUAUAUAUAUUUAUUUUUACCAAGGUUAGAUUUCAAUAGCAAACAUGCCACAUAAUUAAGAGU